GCCGACUCAGGUUUGCGGCAGACGGAGCAGCGGUGAGAAUGCAGAGCUCUUGAACACAACUGAAGUAAAUUUUUCCCUUUUGCUUUUGUGGACUGUCAUUUUCUUAUAAGGACUAACGUGUUGUAGCCGGAACGACCAGAAUUUUGGAGGAUGGCAGGUCAUCCACACUGAGCAGUUGGGAGAGCACAGGAAAAAGACAGAAGGUGAAAGAGGAGCACUACUGGUGUUGUGCGAUGGAGCGUGCUCACAGACUCCUCCUGGACGAGGAGGCAUGUAAUCAGGUGGGCAAACACCAGAAGGCCGAGUUCAUCUUGGAAUGGCUUAACCACCUAAAGAGGCUCCUCCCAGUCACUGACAGGGUCGAUAUCAGACACAACCAGCGGUGUUUGGUUGACCAGCUGUGGGAAAUUCUAAUUAACUCUCCAAGCGGGCCUACCCGCUGGCUGUUGGCCCACUGCUUGGCUGUGCUCUAUCGCUUAGGAGACCCCAUCCCAUCCAACUUAAUGGUGGAGAGGUGUAACGACAUAAUACGCAGCAAAGAUGACUCGCCGUCAGCCCUUCCAACCCGGCUGGCUUUUCUCACUUGAACAGGUCAAAGUAGUUAUAAGAUAAAGAAAGAUUUUAAUCAGAACAGCUGCAGAUUUGUGAGAUGAUUUUUCACAAAUAACCUUCUGUGCUGCUCUCAGUCUCAGGGUCGCUAUGAGAUCAUGCUCAGCAUGGAGAGGAUCCUUCGAGGUUUGGGUGUCAGUGCAGUGUCAUGUCACCGUGACAUCUACAAGGUAGUGAGAGCCUGUCUGACAGACCGGUCCAUGGCUGUACGCUGUGCUGCUGCCAAGGUUUUGUUGGAGCUGCAGAGAGAGGCUGCAUUCUUGUGGACCAGUGAGCUGGAGAAUGUGGCCACUGUGUGCUUCAGAGCUUUUGAAGGAUCAAACUACAACGUCAGAGUGUCUGUAUCCAAGCUGCUGGGAAUUCUCCUAGCUGCUGCUGUGGAACCGCGACAGUUCACUGCCCCCAGGCAGGGUGCUCGGAGUCAAGGCUCCCUGGAGGAGGUCAUGGAAUUACUGUCUGGAGGGUUUCUGCGGGGUGGAGGGGGUUUUCUCCGAGCCAGUGGAGACAUGCUCAAGGGUACAAGCUCUGUCAGCAAGGACGUCCGCAUCGGAGUUACACAGGCCUACGUGGUGUUUGUCUCCACUUUGGGCAGCUCCUGGCUUGAAGCCAACUUCCCUGCUUUCCUGUCCUUGCUGAUGGAGCUGGCGUCACACGUCAGGGCAACGCAGACACCAGCUGAUGCUGCAGUGACCCGCCGCUGUGUCUCUUUUAUCCUGAGGAGCACUCUGGGGUCUCUGCUGGGAGAGAAGGCCCAGAUCAACGCUGUAAAACAGCUCUGUCUCGCUGUGGCCACACAGAAACGAGCAGUUGAUGCUGCUCUGACUGACAGGAACGUGGAGACCAAAGUCUCGUCUGCAGAUGUCUCAGCCAGUCAGCACGUGUUGGUUUGCUGCCUGCUGGAAAUGGGAGCAUUGGUUCAGGGAUUGGGAUCUUCUGCGGCCCCCCUCCUCACAGACACUACCACAGCCCUCCUGGACACGGUGAUCUCUGUCCUCCUUCACCCAGCCACCUUGGCCAGGCUGGCUGCUGCUUGGUGCCUGCGCUGCAUUGCCAUGGCUAUGCCGUCUCACUGCUCUCUCCUCCUGGACUGUUGCGUCGAACGUCUAGUGGCACUGAAGUCCUCACCCGACGCUGUAGCUGGGUAUGGAGCUGCUAUUGCUGCCCUGGUGGCAGCAGUGCAGCACUGCCCACUUGGAAUUCCACACACCAAGGACAAGAUGGUGUUGGAUCUGGCAGAAGACCUCCUCCGUUCAGCCUCUCAGAACAGUCAGAUUUCUCUCCAGAGGACUCAGGCUGGCUGGCUGCUCAUCUCCUCUUUAAUCACGCUGGGUCCAGCUGUGGUGGAGCACCAUCUGCCCCGCCUGCUUCUACUGUGGAAAUGUGUGUUUCCUGCUUCACUUCGUGAGCAGGAGAUGGAGCUCCGACGUGGGGACUACUUCACGUGGCAGGUUACACUCGAAGGACGUUCUGGAGCACUCAGUGCGAUGAAGAACCUGCUGCAGCACUGUAGAGAGCUUGUGACUGAUGAAGUCAUCAGCCGUCUACUCACACCAUUAACCUGUGCUGUGGCUCUGCUUACCAAGUUGCCUGCUCUAUUCAGGUCUUAUGGCAAUUCAGUUAAGAGCUGGUCCAUCGUCUACAGGCUGAGAGUAUACGAGCUGCUUGCUCUACUGCAUCCACAAACUUACCAGGAGAGUUUUGGGCUGGUGAUGAAUCAGCUGGUGUCCGAUGUGUCAGGUCAGGACAACCUGAAUCAGACAUGUUCAGAGCUUUCUCUGCUGCCUCCCCUCUGUCAUCGUGACGACCUACCACUGGCUGGCCCUGCCCUCCAUGACACUGACCACAGAUACAUCGAAGAACAGCUCCACAGUAGCAGUGUGGGAGGAGGAUCACUGGACAAUGACCCCUUCAGUCUGUGUGAGAGGGGCUACGAAGCUCCCGCUCCUCUUCCAUCCCCUGUUGCUCUGGCUACCACUUCCAUCCAUCUCUUUGGAGCCGUGUUCCCUCACAUAAUCUCUGCUCAGAGGGUGAAGAUACUGGAGCAGUUUGUGGAAACGGUGAACCAGCUAAAGGGUCAACGCCAGCAGACUAUCCAGACUCACCUUUGUGCUGCCCUCUGCAGUCUGCUCAAGGUACUGCAUCUGCUUAACCCCUGUGUAUCUUCCAGAAAACCGGUUUUAAUGAAAACCCUGAUGUUUAAGCUGAAGACUGCUCGAGAUGCGGCAUCACGCAGUGGCUAUGCCCUGGCUCUGGGGGCGCUAUACCGCUACACUGGAGGAAUCAGCUCACCUCAACACCUGUCCACCUGUCUGGGAGUCCUGUUCACCUUGAGCCAGGACAGCACCUCACCCGAGGUCCAGACCUGGUCUCUCCACAGUCUUUCUCUGGUGGUCGACCUGUCAGGUGGUCUUUAUAGAACCCAUGCGGAACCGUCGUUCACUCUCGUGCUCCGGCUGCUGCUCUCCACUCCACCCACCCACCCUGAGGUGCACUACAGCCUAGGACGCUGCCUGCAUUGCCUGAUCACCUGUUUGGGCCCAGACCUGCAGGGUAAUGGCGCAGCAGUGUCUGGUCUGCGCUCCAGCUGUCUGGUUGCAUGCGGAGUGAUGCAAGACAGUCCAGACUGUCUUGUUCAGGCCAGGGCCAUUUCCUGUUUGCAACAGCUGCACAUGUUCUCACCUCCACACGUCAACCUGACCAGCCUUGUACCUGCACUCUGUGCAAACCUGUGCAGCUCGUUCCUAUGUUUGCGCCGGGCCGUGGUGGCGUGUUUGCGCCAGCUUGUCCAGCGGGAAGCGCUGGAGGUCUCUGAGCAUGCCAUUGCUCUGGUCAAAGAGCUCCCAAGACGAGACAACACGCAACUUGAUGUCACUAUAAAAGAGGUCGGUCUCGAAGGUGCUCUGUUCAUUCUGCUGGACCGGGAGUCAGACUUCAGUCUGAGGAAGGACAUUCAAGAGACUCUGGUUCAUAUGAUGGCAGCCAGUGCCACCAGCAGCAAACUGGCCCACUGGCUGAAGCUCUGCAAAGAUGUCCUGUCUGCAACUACAGAUGGUCGUGCCCCAUUGGAGUCGAAACAGGAGGAUGAAGACGCAGACCCUGGCAAAGAUGAUGACUCCUCUGCCUUCAGAGCCCGGUCUGAGUCUGGUGGCCCAUUCACAGCGCUGCGCUCAGCCACACGUUGUUUCGCCAUGGAGUGUGUGUGUCGCAUCAUAGCACAGUGCGAGACUGCCGACCCAGCUCACUUUGACAUGGCUCUUGCUCAGGAACGACGCCUGCAUGACUCCACUGAUUUCCUGGUCCUCCAUCUUGGCGACCUGGUACGCAUGGCGUUUAUGGCAUCAACAGAUCACAGUGAUGAGCUGCGACUAGCAGGACUUCAAACACUCCUGGUUAUCAUCAGACAGUUCUCAGCCAUUCCAGAACCAGAGUUUCCUGGUCAUGUGAUCCUGGAGCAGUACCAGGCUAAUGUUGGAGCUGCUCUCAGACCCGCCUUCACCGCUGAUGCUCCUCCUGACAUUACUGCCAAAGCCUGCCAGGUGUGUAGUGCAUGGAUCGCUAGUGGUGUAGUCAGUGACCUCCGUGACCUGCGACGUGUCCACCAGCUCCUUGUCUCCUCAUUGGCUAAGGUCCAGAGUGGAAGGGAAGCAUCAAGCCAGCUGUACAAUGAGGCUGCUGCUGCCAUGGAGACACUGGCUGUUCUCAAAGCCUGGGCUGAGGUUUACAUUGUAGCUGUUCAGAGGAGCAAACAAAAAGAAAGCUCUCAUAGACCAGCUGACCCAUCAGUCUCCUCUCUGGCCAGUGACAUCUCAGGCUCUGAGUCAGGAGGGGCGGGCCUUCUGAAGUUGGUCCAAUCAGAGCUAUCGACACUGAGCCGUCUAUGGCUGGCAGCACUACAGGACUAUGCACUACUGACCCUCCCACAGGAGUACUCAUCACAGCUACCUGCAACAGGAGGUUCCUUCUACACAGCAGAGACUGUCAGCCAAGCAAGACGUCAUUACACAUCGUCCUGGGCUCCCAUCCUCCAUGCCACCUCCCUCUGGCUCCACAGCACAGGUUUCGUGAUGUCAGAUGAAGCACCUGCUAACCUAUCUAGACCAGCAACACCUACCUCCAUGGGAAACAGAAGCUCUGUGGGUGGAGCCAAGAGUCCGGAAGACAUUAAUACUGACAGAUUGCACCUCAUACUUGGGAUCAGCGUGGAGUUUCUCUGUUCUCCACAUUCAGAGGACCAGAUGGAGAACAUCACCUCCUGUUUGAGAGCUCUGCAGGUGCUGCUGGAAGUUUCGUGGCCCCGAGCAAAGAUUGGAAAUGACCAGGCUCUGAGCGUGGAGCUACUCAGCGUCCUCCACAGACUCAUGGUAACCAGAGAGUCUGUAUCAGUUCAGCUCGCUGUGUUGGAUUUAUUGCAGCGAAUUGUAGCUGCUGCUCAUGAGCACAUCAGGGAGAAACGCCACAGUGCUGAAGUGGAUGAUGGCGCAGCAGAGAAGGAAACACUUCCAGAGUUUGGGGAGGGGCGAGACACUGGUGGUUUGGUUCCUGGUCACUCACUGGUUUUUGGUGCCCUGGAGCUCUGCCUCUGUGUACUGGUCCGGAAAAUCCCACAGCUGAGCCCCAAACUGGCUGGAACUAGUCCAACUGGUCCUGGAGGCUCAGCGUGGACUCUGACAGACAGCGACUGUCGUCUGGUAGCAUCAGCUCUGUGUGUGCUUUCUGAGCUGCCGUCCAUCUGCUCUCCUGAAGGCAGUGUGUCCAUUCUCCCCACUGUCCUCUACUUGCUGCUGGGAGUCCUGAGAGAGUUGGUCCACCAGCCCAGCGCGCAAACAGGUGCUUCAGCAGUUGAAUCGGCGGGUGGGGCUUGUCUGAGUGUGGUCAUCCAGGCGGCUAUUCAGGCUCUGAAGUCCGUCUUGACUUCACCCAUGAGCCGACAAGAGAAAUGUCGGGGAUCCUGGAACCUGCUGCUGCAAUCAGCUCUAAAUACACUUCUAACAUUUUGGGACAGUGGGCCUUCCAGCUGUGUUGUAGACCAGGUCAGCCUCCUCACCGCUCUGACCGUCUUCCUGCUAUCUGCUGGUCCUGAUGUCUGUACCAUUGAGCCUCUGCACAAGCUCUGUCUGCAGCGCUUCACCACCAGCAUAGACUCCAAAGACCCUCUGGUUGUGAGUCACUGUUGUCAGCUGCUAACGACAGUGUUUCAGGCUCAGCCCGGUGUGGCCAUCCCAUACAUCCAGGCCCUUGGUCCGACAUUGAUUCGAUUCCUCCAGAAGGUGGAGCGGAGUCGUCCUCAAACUCCACAGGAGCUGCUUGGAGUCUUGGAGGGGAUCCGAGCGAUGGAGGCUUUGAUCCAGGCAGCUGAUGAAUCACAGUGUCCUCAGCUGGUGGCAGUCUUGCUGCCCCUCCUCAUCUCCUUUCUCCUGGAUGAAAAUGCCCUUAGCUCUGCUCCCCUGCCAUCCAGGUCUCUUCAUGAUUCGGCACUCAAGGAUCUGAUGCGCUUUGGCCCUCAGCACCCAGCUGUCUUCAGGUCACUCAUCACAACAUCGCCUCACCUGAAGUCUCGUCUUCAAGCUGCCAUCAAAGGAAAUCAGGAGAGUUUAAAUAUUAAAGCUAGCAGUGCUAACCCAGCUGCCCACAGCACUGGGAAGUCCUCUCCCAGCAUCACGCUCAAAACAAAGUUCCUGUGAGGCAGCCAAGCUUAGAUCUGCCACACAGAGACUGUCUCUGGAGUUUAACGUCACUAACACACUGUGGUACUUUGAUUGUUCUGAGGGACAUUCUGACUGGUUCUGUGGUACACCAUAUUGAAAGAGUGAUAGCAGACCAAAAAAAAUUCUGUGAGUUCACUUCCUGUCUCAUUUUGGAAAAAAGAAAAAAAAAAAACUAGAUCGAAUUUUGAAUUUUUUUUUUCUUUUACUUUCUCCAGCACACUGCAUGCCACCUCACAUUGACGCUUACCUUUAUUAUAUCAUGUGAAAAAAUCAAUUCUGCCAGGUUGGCAUGUUAUAUCACACGAACUGUGCAUCAUACAUACGUCAUACAUUCCUGUUGAUCAAAUCACGGACUGACUCCUCCCCAGGACACAUGAGCUUCAGUUCAUAUCUACGAGAAUGAACUUGAAGAGUUCAAACUCAGCUUCAAAACGAACUGAGGCCGGUGUCAGUAAUUUGGUGAAUGAUCAACAUGAUGGCUAACAAUAUCAAAAAGAGUCUUUUUUUUGUGUGAAACCGACUGAACUUUAUUCACCUUGAAAAGAAGGGAAUGUGAUUAAAUUGUAUUCAGAUAGAGCUGUGUGCAAACAAGAGAAGGAACCAGUUUCAUUGGUUCUGGCAUGUGACACGGACGCCUCCUAGAUGCUUCCUGAAUGAGCUGUUUUGGGUGUAUCCAACAGGUAGGAGACCCAGAGUCACACACGAGAAAUGUCAGGUAGUCAGAUUUUCCUCAGUUCCUGACUAAGUAACAUGAACAGCUAUAAUAAGAGCUUUUAGAGCUAAAGGGAAGAUGCCUUGGUGCUUCCUUUAUUAUCCCCUUUAGUAGAGGAUACAUUCUGAAAGGAGAGGAGAUAAAUCCUGCCCAGAUUUCAUUCGUCAGAUCAUUUAUAAAAACAAUCAACAUAAGUUGCGCACAUCAGGUUAAUAGUGCCUUACGCCGCUCUUAUGUCCUAAACCAUCAAUGAUAGGCUGUUAAACCCACAGCUGAACUGUGAACAUUACACUGCUGUGAUCAGAUUUGCUUUCUUGAGGUGUUGCCACGGGAACAAUUAUUUGUACUAUAAAGUUUUAUAAAUAAGAAUUAUGAGCUAUAUCUUAAUGAUCAAAUCGUAUUAAAGGUUUACUACAAUUCAUUUUGUAUUAAGUGUUGCUGUAUUGCAACUUCUUGGGUUAUUAAGCAUUAAUUUGAAUUAAGUCACAGCAUGCCAUCAUAAAGGUGGGACUUUAACUGAUCAACCCUGGGAUACCUGGGUCAUCAGUUCAGUCUUUUGAGUUAAAUUUUUCACCUCUUGCAUAUGACCUCAAUCCAAUCUCUAUCGUCAAGACUGGGACAAUAACAAAAAGUGACAUAACUGCUCCUGUAUAUUGUUAGUAUCCCUUUCUAUUUGCCCGUGUGUUUGCUUAACCAUUAAAGCCACUACCUGGUGUUUUAAAACUACCAACAGCAAUUAGCGUGCAUGUCCUAAAAGGCAACAUUCAGUUGCUUGAGGUUUUUAUUUUUUUUUCCAAGUAUAAGUUUUGCACACUUGCCAAUUUCACUUUGUUAUUUUUUCAUUUGAUUUUUUAUGAACCCAUUCAUGAUUUUUUUUUUCAAAGACAUUGUGCUAGGAUUGAUCACAUGUCAUUUUUCUGCUGCUCUGAGCACCACAUACAUUUUAUUCAAGCGAAAGCAGACACAUCUACAGUAGAUAUUUCCAAAUCUAAGCAAUCUAGAUGAGGAAACAGCACUGCAGACCACAGGAAAACACAUACUUGUGAUUUUUGAGGUUAACUGCCCCUUUAACAACACUACACUAACAGUUUAAUGUUUUUAUGAGUGUAUUGUUAUCUACAGUAAAAAGCAUUGACUGGUUACUUAAACCUAAAUCUCAUCAGUUUGUUUAAAAAGAAAAAAGUCUUGACUUUGUAAAUGUAAAUGUUGUCCUCUUAACAUGAUUUUCUUGAAUGAUGAUGGGUAACACUAAAGUACUGACCAGCAAUAAGUGUACAAGGCAGCAGAGAUUGAGUGUCUGUCUCUGUCCUGGCCAUCUCCUUUGUGCAGUGUACAGGUGUGAACUGAAUGAACAAGUAGGUACAGGUAAAUGUUCUGAACAUGUACAAAUAAACUCUUUAAAUUCA